CGAUCCCCCGCGCCGCCCUACCCGCCUCUCCAGCCCUCCUCUACCCCCCCGUUUCCGCCCACCCCACUCCUCUCUUCUCGGCUUCCCGCCGCGGCGGCGGCUCUGGAGGCGCCGUCGACAUGAAGCCCUCGCCGCACUUCCCGGAGAUCGGGAAGAAGUCCAAAGAUUUGGUCGCCAAGGACCACAGUUUCAACAUCGCGGCCUACAUCUCGUCUGGAGCGGAUGUUAUUGCUGAUGCCCUGCGGAAGCAUGUUGAGGAGGAAGCUCGAGAUCUCAGCGGCGAAGCUUUCCUAAGGUUUAUGGAUCAGCUCUAUGACCAGAUAUACGCUUUAUUGCAAAGUACCGACGUUUCUGAGAAUUUGCUGGCUCUUCGUGCUGUCGAUGCGUUGAUUGAUAUGCCCUUCGGGGAAGGUGCCUCAAAGGUCUCUAAGUUCGCCAGUUUCUUGAGAAAUGUGUUUGAAGUAAAGCGUGACCCUGAAAUCCUAGUUCCAGCGAGCACAGUGCUUGGUCAUUUAGCGAAAGCUGGGGGAGCAAUGACUGCAGAUGAAGUUGAGCGACAGAUUAAAACUGCUUUAGGGUGGCUUGGUGGGGAUCGAGUGGAGUACCGUCGCUUUGCAGCUGUUCUUAUUCUCAAAGAGAUGGCUGAGAAUGCUUCUACAACCUUUAAUGUUCAUGUUCCUGAAUUUGUUGAUGCUAUAUGGGUAGCACUGAGAGACCCCAAGCAAGCUGUACGCGAACGAGCAGUAGAAGCCUUGCGUGCUUGUCUUCAUGUUAUUGAGAAGCGGGAGACGCGGUGGCGCGUACAGUGGUAUUACCGCAUGUGUGAAGCAGCGCAAGUUGGACUUGGCAAAAAUGCUUCUGUUCAUAGCAUUCAUGGCUCGUUAUUGGCUGUUGGAGAAUUGUUGAGGAAUACUGGGGAAUUUAUGAUGUCUAGGUACAGAGAAGUGGCUGAUAUAGUCCUCACGUACUUAAAACACCGGGAUCAGCUUGUUCGUCGUAGUAUAACAUCUCUUCUUCCUCGAAUUGCGCACUUCCUGCGAGACAGAUUUGUGACCAACUACCUAAAGAUAUGCAUGGAGCAUAUCCUGUUCGUUCUAAAAACCCCAGAUGAGCGUGCUAGUGGGUUUGUUGCUCUUGGAGAGAUGGCUGGUGCUUUGGGUGCAGAACUUGUGCCCAGUUUGCCCUCAAUUACCCCACUUUUGCAUGAAGCGAUUGCUCCUCGCAAAGGACGGCCAUCUCUUGAAGCUAUUACUUGUGUUGGAAGCUUUGCAAAAGCUAUGGGUGUUGCAAUGGAACGGCAUAUUCGUGGUGGAUUGCUAGAUGCAAUGUUUUCUGCCGGCCUUUCUGAUAAACUUGUAGAUGCACUUGAGUCUAUAAGUACUAGCAUCCCGUCUCUACUGCCAACAAUACAGGAGCGCUUGUUGGAUUGUAUAUCUCAAGCACUUCCAAAGUCAUCCACGAGGCCUGGUGCUACUGUUAAUCGGGCAACCAGAUCCAGCAGUAUGCAGCAGUUUGUGGAUUCUAGUGGUCCAGUCCUUGUCCAACUUGCUCUGCGUACUCUAGCAAACUUCAACUUUAAGGGUCAUGAGCUCCUGGAAUUGGCAAGAGAGAGUGUCAUCCUUUAUCUGGAAGACGAGGAUAGCAGUACCCGAAAAGCUGCUGCGAUAUGCUGUUGCAGAUUAGUCGCACACUCUCUUUCUGCUUCAUCUACUACACAGUUCAGUUCAAAUCGGUCAAAUCGUAUGGGAGGAGCUAAGCGCCGUCGCCUUGUAGAAGAGAUAGUGGAGAAACUUCUUAUUGCUGCCGUUGCUGAUGCUGAUGUUGGUGUUAGGAGUUCAGUCUUCAAGGCUCUGUAUCGAAAUCCAACUUUUGAUGACUUCUUGGCUCAAGCUGACAUCCUGACUUCGAUUUUUGUUGCCUUAAACGAUGAGGAGUAUGGUGUAAGAGAACUGGCAAUAUUAGUAGCAGGCAGAUUGUCUGAAAAAAAUCCUGCAUAUGUACUGCCUGCCCUUCGUCGCUAUCUUAUACAGUUGCUCACUUAUCUUGAUCAAAGUAUGGAUAGCAAAUGCAGAGAGGAAAGUGCUAGAUUAUUGGGCUGCUUAAUUAGGAGCUGUCCACGGCUAAUACUUCCUUAUAUUGCUCCAAUCCACAAGGCGCUGGUGGCUAGGCUUUGUGAAGGAACAGGACCAACGGCCAACAUUGUGCUUGCUGCAGGAGUACUUGCAACUGUUGGAGAACUGGCCAAAGUGGGUGGUUUUGCAAUGAGGCAAUAUCUUCCUGAGCUAAUGCCUCUGGUUGUGGAUUCUCUUUUGGAUGGAGGUGCUGUGAGUAAAAGGGAAGUUGCAGUAGCAACCCUUGGACAAGUUAUUCAAAGCACAGGCUAUGUUAUUGCUCCGUAUAACGAGUAUCCCCCAUUGCUUGGCUUAUUGUUGAAGUUGCUAAAUGGUGAAUUGGAAUGGUCGACUAGACUGGAAGUGCUGAAGGUUUUGGGGAUUAUGGGCGCAUUGGAUCCUCAUGCACAUAAGCGUAAUCAACAUAAUUUACCUGGUCAGCAUAGAGAGGUUCUGCGGCCAACAAUUGAGACUGCACAGCAUAUUGUUUCCAUGGAAGAAAUACCUACUGAUUUCUGGCCAUCUUUUUCGGCAUCUGAAGACUACUAUUCAACAGUUGCAAUUAGUUCUCUCAUGCGAAUUCUUCGAGAUCCUUCCCUUGCAAGUUACCAUCAGAUGGUUGUUGGCUCCCUUAUCUUUGUUUUUAAGUCAAUGGGCCUUGGCUGUGUUCCUUAUUUACCAAAGGUUCUUCCUGAGUUAUUCCGUGCUGUUCGUAUGUGCGAGGAUGGUGGUUUGAAAGAGUUCAUAACCUGGAAACUCGGGACAUUAGUAUCAAUUGUUCGGCAGCACAUUCGGAAGUAUUUACAGGACAUGCUCUCUCUCGUCUCCGAAUUAUGGACUUCCUCAUUCAGCUUGCCUGCACCAAAGCGGACCAUACAGGGUCCGCAGGGUUCUCCAGUUCUACAUCUUGUCGAGCAGCUAUGCUUAGCAUUGAAUGAUGAGUUCAGGGUGUAUUUACUCCAUAUUUUACCAAGUUGUAUUCAAGUCUUGGGUGAUGCUGAACGCUGCAAUGAUUAUUACUAUGUUCCUGACAUAUUGCACACACUUGAAGUGUUUGGCGGAAAUUUGGAUGAGCACAUGCAUUUGGUUGCUCCAGUGCUUGUUCGUUUAUUUAAAGUGGAGCUAGUUGAUAUUAGACGGCAUGCCAUUGUCACUUUGACUAAGCUUAUACCAAAGGUGCAGGUUGGUACUCAUGUAUCAGCGUUAGUGCAUCAUCUGAAGCUCGUCUUGGAUGGAAACAACGAUGAUUUACGGAAAGAUGCUGCAGAGGCGCUCUGCUCGCUCGCACAUGCUCUCGGAGAGGAAUUUACAAUUUUCAUACCAUCGAUUCGUAAACUUCUUGUGAAGCACCAUUUGCGGUACAGAAAAUGGGAUGAGAUUGAAAAUCGACUACUCAGGAGAGCGCCGCUCAUCUCCGAUAACUUGUCAGUACAAAAGUAUACACAGUGUCCACCUGAUGUCAUUAGUGACCCUCUUGAGGACUUUGACGGUGUUCCUUCGGAGGAAUCUGAUGAAACACAGCGGCAACCAAGAAGUCAUCAAGUCAACGAUGUUCGCUUGAGAAGUGCUGGCGAGGCUUCCCAGAGAAGUACUAGAGAAGAUUGGGCUGAAUGGAUGAGGCACUUCAGUAUUGCGCUUCUUAAAGAGUCACCAUCUCCAGCUCUACGCACCUGCGCAAGACUAGCACAGCUCCAGCCUUCUGUUGGACGCGAGUUGUUUGCUGCGGGUUUUGCAAGUUGCUGGGCCCAAAUGACUGAAUCAUCACAAGAGCAACUAGUGAGAAGUCUCAAGACAGCAUUCUCAUCUCAAAAUAUACCUCCAGAAAUUCUUGCAACGCUGCUGAACUUGGCUGAGUUUAUGGAACACGACGAGAAGCCUCUUCCGAUUGAUACUAGGCUACUUGGUGCUCUUGCUGAGAAGUGUCGAGCAUAUGCAAAAGCCCUCCAUUAUAAAGAAAUGGAAUUUGAAGCUGUAUGUUCCAAGAAGAUGGGUGCAAAUCCUGUUACGGUGGUUGAAUCCCUUAUUCAUAUUAACAAUCAACUACACCAGCAUGAGGCAGCUAUUGGAAUAUUGACUUACUCGCAAGAGCAUCUAGAAGUUCAGUUGAAGGAAUCCUGGUAUGAGAAAUUGCACCGAUGGGAUGAGGCUCUAAGGGCAUAUACCAUGAAGUCAUCUCAAGCGUCUGGCCCAUUGCAAAACUUAGAUGCUACAUUGGGGCGGAUGAGGUGCCUAGCAUCCUUGGCUCGUUGGGAAGAUUUAAGCACAUUAUGCAGGGAGCAAUGGACCGGUUCAGAACCAUCUGCUCGUCUGGAAAUGGCUCCAAUGGCUGCAAAUGCUGCCUGGCAUAUGGGUGAGUGGGACCAGAUGUCUGAAUAUGUUUCUCGUCUGGAUGAUGGGGACGAAAACAAGCUCCGCUUGUUGGGUAAUACAACCGCUAGUGGUGAUGGAAGCAGUAAUGGUGCUUUCUUUAGGGCUGUUCUUUCAGUUCGUUGCAAAAAGUAUGAAGAAGCCCGUGUAUAUGUUGAGAGAGCUCGGCGUUGUUUGGCAACUGAACUUGCUGCAUUGGUACUUGAGAGUUAUGAGCGUGCUUAUAAUAACAUGGUGCGGGUUCAGCAGCUUUCAGAACUGGAAGAGGUGAUUGAUUACUGUACUCUUCCUAUGGAAAGUCCAAUUGCUGAUGGGCGAAGGGAACUUAUCCGUAAUAUGUGGAACGAGCGCAUUAAAGGAACAAAACGGAAUGUCGAGGUGUGGCAAGCCCUACUUGCUGUUAGAGAGUUGGUUCUUCCUCCUAAUGAAGACAGAGAUACCUGGAUAAAAUUUGCGAAACUUUGCUGGAAGAGUGGACGUAUUAGUCAGGCUAAAUCUACUUUAAUCAAACUCUUACAGUUUGAUCCGGAAUCUUCUCCUGAAUUGACACUGUAUCAUGGGCAUCCUCAAGUAGUCCUGGCUUACCUGAAGUACCAGUAUGCUGUUGGAGACGAGCUUAAACGAAAGGAUGCAUUUUCUAGGCUACAGGAUUUGUCUAUGCAGAUUGGUACUGCCACAAAUACUUACUCUGGAAUGUUAGUAAGUCAAGGUGCUGUAUCUAAUGCUGAAGUACCACUUAUUGCUCGUGUCUAUUUGACACUUGCUAGCUGGAAGAGAGCACUGUCUCCCGGGUUAGAUGAUGAUGCCAUUCAAGAAAUAUUGGUUUCAUACAAAAAUGCCACACUAAGUGCCAAGGAGUGGGGCAAGGCAUGGCACUCUUGGGCUUUGCACCUUUCACCAACACGUUCUCCCAACGGGUUCUGGUAA